UUAGGUUUUGAUUUCAAUCAUGCUCAGUCAGGCUAUGUAAUGAUGACAAAAUGGCUGCCAGACAAUGAAGAGAACAAACUACCUGAAUACGCAAAUCAGUACUUAGGUGUGGCGGGGUUUGUCCUGAAUGAGGAGUGGGAGCUGUUGGUGAUCAGAGAGAGGUACAGUGUAAUCAGGUCCAAGCCGUGGAAGUUACCUGGAGGACUCGCUGAUAAAGGUGAGGAUUUGGCGGAGACGGCCAGGAGAGAGGUUCUGGAGGAGACGGGGAUCCAGGCCGAGUUUGUGUCCGUGCUCGGCUUCCGUCAUCAGCACAACUUCCGAUUUGGUUGUUCUGACUGGUACUUUGUCUGUCUGAUGAAAGCAGUUAGCACGGAAAUCAAACAUUGUCCUCAGGAAAUCGCAGACUGUAAAUGGAUAUCUAUUGAUGAGUACUUAGCUGACCCAAACCUGACAGCUGCCAACAGGUUCUUUGCAGAAUGUUACCUCAAUCACCAGAAAAAUGGCAAUCUGACCAUAUCCCCCUCACUGGUGGAUUCAUGGAACAAGAAGUUUAAAAACAAUAUUUACAGUAUUCAACCUGUACCAAAGGACUUUCUACAGAGUGGUGCUCAUUAACAUCUGUGAGGGAAUGGAAUAGACUGAUUCAGACUGUGAUAAUUAAAGAAUGCAAACUUUUUAAUUUUUUAUGAAAUU